AUUAUAUCUCCAAUUUGGCCAACACAACACCAAUGUUCCUUCUCACUGCCUUUCUUUCAAACCAACGCGCAUUCUCAACUCUCAUCCACCCAACACUCGUCAACACAUCUUACACGCACACCAUAUAAUUCACAUAAACAACCACGUGAAUAUGUCAUACUAAUACUAUUAACCUAAUACUUUUAUUCCUUCUUUGACUUUUCUCCCUCUCUCUCUAUAUAUAUAUAUAUACCACAACACACUUCAAACACACCCACAAAACAAACCUUCCUUCUUCGAUUCUCUCCAACGUUAAAAUCCUUCUCUUUAUCAACUCCACGUGAUGGGCAACUACGUUUCAUGCACCUUGGCGCCUCCUCUCAUGAAGAACUCCAAGGCCACCAGAGUCAUCAUUCCCACCGGCGAAGUCAAGCAAUUCAGGGAGAUUACCAAGGCGGCGGAACUCAUGCUUGAACACCCCACUUACUUUCUCGUCAAUUCUCGUUCUCUUCAUAUUGGUCGAAGGUUUUCUGCUCUCGCCGCCGACGAAGACUUGGACUUUGGGAACGUCUACAUCUUCUUCCCAAUGAGGAGACUGAACUCGGUUGUCACCGCCGCCGACAUGGCGGUGCUUUUCUUGGCGGCUAACUCCGCCGCCAAGAGACUGUCCCGCGGAAAGACGCGCGUUCUUCCUGACAACGGCGGUGGAGAAGUGGAGAAAAACUCAGAUGCAGAAAGAGAAGUUGAGAUUCCAAGGUUGAGUUUGGAAGGAGUGGAUUCAGGGUUUCAGUAUAGGUUAAAUUGUUGUAGGUCAAGAAAGCCUGCUUUGGAAACUAUAUCGGAGGAACCGGCUAGGUUAAGGUGAUUCGAGAAACUUGGUUAUGCAUCAGAAUUUUUUUUUCAACACUCGAAAAGAAAAACUAGCUGAGGUGGAGCAGCCAUAUAUAUAUAGAUAUAGCAUCAAGUUUGUACAAAACAUUCAUAUACUAAGAAAUUUGUUUGUGAUACAUUGACUAUUCAUUUAUUUUUUGUUACAAUGAAUAAACUCAAAUUAAUUUAA